GUUCCUGAUCCCGAUUGGGCGCUCUCUCUCUUUCCUCCUUCCAAUUACAUGUCAAAGCUGGUUUGUUCUAACAAACUAGCAGAUAUUUAAUACAUCUCCGACCAAUGAGCGAAAAUACCAGGAGUAAUCUAUCACCGCCUCGUCGGUAUGACGAUCCCUCGACAAAAAUCUGGUCUUUGUAUCUUGAUCAGGCAGAGAAAAAUAAUGAGAGAAUAACGGAAAGCUGGAAAGGUGAUAUGGAUGCUAUCCUUAUCUUUGCGGGUCUAUUUUCUGCGAGCGUGACUGCAUUCAUUAUUGAGAGCUACAAGGACCUAGUUCCAGAUAACUCUGACACGACAGUCAUUCUUCUUGCCCAAAUUUAUCGCGAACUAACAAACGACACAACCUUAACCAUGAUCCCAUCCGUUUCUAAAGCCCUUGAUGCAAAUUCCUUCGUACCUUCCACUUCCUCCCUUGCUUGUAACAUACUAUGGUUUCUCAGCUUGAGCUUGAGUCUUACUGCGGCUCUCUCAGCUACUCUUGUACAGCAGUGGUCUCGUAAUUAUUUACAGGCGACCGUGGGGCGAGAUAUUCCGUACCAACGAGCCAGAAUCAGUACAUACCUCUACGAGGGCCUGAUAAAAUUCCACAUGAAGAGCAUAGUGACAGCCAUCCCAAUGCUCUUACACGCUUCCUUGCUUUUAUUCUUUGCCGGCCUCGUAUUGUUCCUACAGCCUGUUAAUCGAGGGAUUGGCUAUUUGAUCUUCGGUCUGCUUUCGGUAACUGCAAUCCUUUACGUCCUCAUAUCUAUUCUUCCCACCUUUUAUUUUGAUUGUCCGUAUGGAAGCCCUCUAACGAAAAUCUGGUGGAGAAUUCUCUGCUCACUACAGCUCAUUGUCCGAGAAACUAGCCAAGGCGGUACUUCGCCUGUGCCACCUGGCUGUUCAUUGGCGAAGGUACGCGAAUGGGAAGCGACUGAUAUAUCCUAUGAACGCGACGAGCGUGACUUCAGAGCCAUUUGCUGGACUCUUGAGUACUCACCGGACGACAGUACCCUCGAGCUCUUCGCGAGUAUUGUCCCAGAUGUCGUAGCGGGUCUCGACUACAGCGCGAAGCUCCUGUGUCGUCGCCUGCUCGAUCGGAACGACCCGUCCAUGCGUUUAGGCUUUCGCCUUACUCGACUUCUCGCCAACUGUAACAUAGAUUCAAGUUCAGCAUGGACCAAAAGGCGCUGCAUAUCGACUCUGUCCGCAAUAUGGUCUCUGACAAUGAUGACACUCCCGAUGCCCCAUACACCUUACAGCCAGCCUGACCUGCCGCCUCUCGUGACUCGGGGAAUGCUUAGGUUCGACGAGCACACUUUACGAACAAUAGAAAUGAUUCAACGAUAUAUCCCGGGUGCCUCCCCGCACUGCUUGUCGACAGCGGCAGUCAUUGCCAGAUCCUUACUAGAUAUGUUCAGCGACCAUAUCCUUAACCUGGAAACAGGACUACUCAACUACACUCGUACCGGAACUUUGCCAGAAAGAUAUCAAAAGCUAGGUCUGCAUGCCCUUCAAAAUACACUGCCCCAGAGCGACCCGCGGUUGAUGAUAGAUCGCAUUGACAAAGAAGCUUGGGAUAUCCAGCAAAGGUUCGAUACGGGACAAGGAAGUAUGUUAUUGGCCUCAGCAUACGUAUCCCUGGACUCCUUGUCCCGCCAUCUUCAGGACCUCGUAUUGGUUGUCCUGAUAGGCGACGAAGAAGAAUCAUUGAUAUAUGUCAAAGAAAUUCUAGACCGACAGAAUAGGUUCCAAGUACUCCUCCGACAAGCUGGCUUCCUCCUAAUAUUGGAAUUUUUUGAAAAUCUUUUAAAGGGCCCUUCCUUACCACAUGAAGCAUUCAACACCACCCGACGUCUUUACCUGCGGCUUGACCUAGACUCACCUCGCGAACCUUUCUCGCUCCGCUCCCAAAGACGGCUUAUCCGCUAUCUCGACGAUGCUUUGGACCUUCACAACCCACAUCCAAAGAAUCGCCUCCCAGAAGGCAUUAUAAAUAUGGUUCUAAGGCUUUUACGAGGAGUCACUGAUCUGGAAUGCGUCUCCAAGGCAAAAGGGAUCGUCACGAUGUAUACAAAAGUGUGUGAGUCUGCGCCGAAUUUCGAAGCAGCACGAGAGGCAUUGGCAACACUUGAUUCAAUGGCUUUACCAGAGCAUAUUCGACCGAAAGAGGUAUUGGAUAUUUUCAGCGAGCAUGUGUAUUCCAAUACGAAACUCACAAGAGCGGCAUCGACUGACAUGUCAACUAGCAUCACCUUGAAGGAAGGAGAUCAUCAAGUUGGAAGAAUAUUCGAUGAGUAGUGGGUGGAAUAGACCUAAAUGGGGAAAAAUCAAGUUCGUUAUUUGACGGGGGUGGGUGUAUUAAACUAGGUCCCUAAAGAUA